UGCACGCGUGCACAGCAGAACGGCGUCUGUGCCAGGACCGGUCGUUUAUCUGAACAGAGAUCUGUUUAAGUUUCACAACAACUUAUUUCAGUUGCUUCAAAGUUAUGAAACACUGACAGGAAUGUUCAUCUGACAGGAGGUUUCGUUUUAUCAGGUAUGUGGGUGUACCAUAUUUUUCCACUGGCAGCACGACUAACAUGGCAGGGCAUCUAUGGGUUCAAGCUCUCUGUUCAUUAUCUGAAUGCAUUCAGCGCCGCUAUCACCACAUAAACAUGAAUAAGAACUGGACUGAAGCUCAGAGAUACUGCAGAGAGAAAUACACAGAUCUGGCCACAGUCAACAACAUGAACGACAUGAAUCAACUGAUGAAGAGUGUGGAUAACAGUCUGAAUAACAGUGUGUAUACUGGUGUCUGGAUUGGACUUAUGGAUACAGGUGUUUAUAAAUGGAAGUGGUCUCUGGGUGAUCCUGUGAAAUAUACAAACUGGGAAAUUCAAGACUUGUUAAAUGGUUAUGGUAAUUGUGUUUAUAUAAUAAAUGGAUUAUGGCGUGAGCAGUACUGUGGUCAGAAGUUAAACUUCAUCUGCUACAAUGAGAGCACUAAAGAAUACAUCUUUGAAACUUCUUUUAAAACAUGGAGAGCCGCUCAGAUCUUCUGCAGACAGCAUCAUACUGAUCUGACCAGUGUGAGGAAUCAGACUGAGAAUCAACAGAUUCAGAAGAUCAUGAAUGACACAAACAUAUCUGAAGUCUGGAUUGGUCUGUUCAGUGACUCAUGGGAGUGGUCAGAUAAAAGUGAAUCUGGAUUCAGAAACUGGAGCUCUGGUGAACCUAAUGGUGGUGUUAAUGAACUGUGUACAGAGGUUAUGAUGAAUCUUCAGGGUCAAUGGAAUGAUGUGUCUUGCAGUAACUCUCUGACCUUUGUGUGUCAUGAAGAUAAUCUGAUAUUGAUCCAGAUGAAUCUGAGCUGGUCUGAAGCUCUGAGAUACUGCAGAGAGAAUCAUGUGGAUCUGGUUUCAGUUGAUUCAGAGGAGAUUCAGUUCAUGGUGACUAAAGUGAUUCGUCAGUCCUCUACUGACGCCGUGUGGAUGGGGUUACACUAUUACUGCCAAAUGAACCUCUGGAUCUGGAUACGAGGAGAGGCCGUGUGCUAUCAGAAUUGGGCUCCAGGGAACGGGACAAAACUGAUGGACUGCAACACUGAACACAGAGCUGGAGCAGUUCAGUCUGGAGGAGAUCAUCUCUGGAUCAGCCGUCCUCAAUCUGACAAACUCAACUUCAUCUGCAGCAGAAAAUAA